GAGGAUCCCCAGUGGGGGCUGCCCCCUGGGGCGAGGGGGCCUGGCCCCGGCACCAGAAGGACAUCUGACUUGGACUUCUUGCAAUGAACGGUUCUGGCAAGGAAGCCCUUUCCCGGGAGCCAGCCUGGGGAUCUACUGCUCGGCCAUGACCACGGCGCGCUUCCGGCCGACGUGGGACCUGGCGCUGGACCCGCUGGUGUCGUGCAAGCUGUGCCUCGGGGAGUACCCGGUGGAGCAGAUGACCACCAUCGCCCAGUGCCAGUGCGUCUUCUGCACUCUGUGCCUGAAACAGUAUGUGGAGCUCUUGAUCAAAGAAGGACUGGAGACCGCCAUCAGCUGCCCGGAUGCCGCCUGCCCGAAGCAGGGCCGCCUGCGGGAGGACGAGAUCGAGUGCAUGGUGGCGGCGGAAAUUAUGCAAAGAUAUAAGAAGCUACAGUUUGAAAGAGAGGUGCUGCUCGACCCCUGCCGGACGUGGUGCCCCGCCUCCGCCUGCCAGGCCGUGUGCCAGCUCCAGGACCUGGCGCCCCAGAUGCCCCAGCUGGUGCGCUGCACGGCCUGUGACACGGAAUUCUGCUCCGCCUGCAAAGCCAGCUGGCAUCCUGGCCAGGGCUGUCCGGAGACCAUGCCCAUCACCUUCCUUCCCGGAGAGACCAGCUCUGCUUUCAAACUGGAGGAGGACGAUGCGCCCAUCAAGCGGUGCCCCAAGUGCAAGGUGUACAUCGAGCGGGACGAGGGGUGUGCGCAGAUGAUGUGUAAGAAGUGCAAGCACGCCUUCUGCUGGUACUGCCUGGAGUCUCUGGACGAUGACUUCCUCCUGAUCCAUUAUGACAAAGGACCCUGCCGGAACAAGCUGGGCCAUUCCAGGGCGUCUGUGAUCUGGCACCGGACACAGGUCGUGGGCAUUUUCGCUGGAUUUGGGCUCCUGCUGUUGGUGGCCUCGCCUUUCCUGCUCUUGGCCACUCCAUUUGUACUUUGCUGCAAGUGCAAGUGCAGUAAAGGUGACGAUGACCCAUUGCCCACCUAGAGGAAGGCAUGACGCUGGAAGGAGACCCCUGCCUCCGGGAAGCGUGGCUCGCCCCCACCCCACCCCGCCGUCCCCCCUCACUAAACAUCUCUCUUGCCUUAUGUGCCCCAUUGAGCUUCACAGUGUCACGCUGGAUGCCGUGAUUUCAGGGACUGAUGUCAGAGUGCUUGCCGAGCCCCGGGUGCAGUCACCUGGGCGUGAGGGAGGCAGGCGUGGGUAGGGCGCGUCCCCACACAAUCGAUCUCUGCCGACUUGACAAGUGAGGCGCUGUGCAAAGCACCCCGGGCAGAUUCCUCCCAGUGGCGACAGGCUAGGAGUGUCUGGUGGCUGCCUAAGAGACGUUCUAGUGCAAAAUGCUGUCGUCUCCUCCUCGGCGUCCUGAUGCUGCCGUGCUUUCGAGAGGAGUCUUUUAAGGAUUACAACUCACUUGAGGCAGAAUCCAAUAAUUCUGACUUGAGAAAAGCACUCUGUUUAUGACAACUGUUUUUAUUACUAAUGGCAUUUAGUAAAAUCCUUUUUAGAAGGUGUCGUUUUGUUUUUCCAACUGAGUAGUGAAAAAUCAACAAGGUGCAUUUAAACCAUCCUAUGCCUUUCUUGAACUGUGCAUUUUAAGAAGUUAUCGCUCAAAUGACUUUUCUGACUCGGUCACUUUUCAGGAGAUUUAGAAAGCCUUAUGCGCUCUUUGUGUUUUUCUUGAAGCUCGUAAUGACCUUUUGAACACCGGACGCAGUGUGCUGUUACAAAUGCGCUUCCCAUCUUGUUGCCUUUCUUUGAUGAUGCCGGCAUGUUUAAGGAGUGUGCUCAUCACUAGGUUUCCCUUUUGUUUUUUUUCUCUUUGGUGAUUCUGGGGCUUCUGUCUUCUCAUCCAGGUACGAGCAAAUGUUUUGUAAUGUCUUUGGAAACCAAAUGUUGUCCUCGGGAAUGGCCUUGCUGGGCAUCAGCAUGCCUAGGCUGCCUGCCCCAGCCUCCUGGUGCAGACAGCAAGGAGAGAAGGGUGCUGUCCGGGCUUCCUGGCAGGACUGGAGGCCUCCCCCGGCACCUGGGGGAGAAGCGUCCUGAUUUUCAGUUGUUUAAAUGACUUAUGUUAUUUUGGAGAAAUCCUGUUUUCUCACCCAGUUCCGAGUCCCGUGGCUAACCAUUUUGCCCCGCUGAAAACACCUUCUGUGUCACUUAGUUACUCCAUUUAGGGGAUUUUACCCCUCGGCCUCUCCUAGGCUGUGUCUGACCGUUGCCGCGGCAGUAGAAUGCGAGGAUGAACGACACACACCUUGCUCUGUCCUUUGACUUCGCGUGUUCUUUACAGAGAGUUGACCCUAAUUUGGCCUUUAAAGUCACCUGUGCUUUUAAGGCGCAAACUGCUUGCAUUGAACUCGGCGGCUUCUGAAAUAACAGGCAGCAAAUGUUACCGAGUUUUAUAGCGGAACUUUCUAAACCUUAUAACACAUUCCACAAAGGACUGAAAUGGAAACAAAAUCCAACUUGUUUGCUUGUUGUGAGCACGUUUGUAAAACGUGGUGGGUGUUUUGUAUGUUUGACUUCUACCUUUCUGUGUCAGCCUCAGGUCCUGCUUUCCUCCCUUGCGUAGAAAUUUCUUUAUUUCUUAACGUUUGGUAGGUUAGAAGGAACAGCAUCACGUCACUCUUCACCGGUAGUAUUUAUUAUCUUUAUGAAACUGAAGCUGUUAGGAAACUAGUCUGGGUCAAACUCACAUUCAGAACGUUCUCCUUCGGAUCACGGUGGGAUUCUGACUCGGUAGCGAAAUACAGACGUGCCUGAGGCUGUCUUUUCGAUGGAGCCCGGGCAGGAGUCUCUAGCUGGAAUUGUUGCGACAGGGUCUUGAGGUAGGCGGCUUCCUGGAGAGGUGACGUUCCCUGAGCCCUGAGGUUUGAGUCGGUCGCCGAGGCCGGGGUCAGUGAACGCACUGGUCUAGUGGCACCCUUUAAAAUGCCUGUCGAAGGCGGCAGGCUCGGGGCCCUGUUUCCAUGGUGACCCAGGACGGGGCAGGCCUCACCCCAUCCCAGUCCCGUGGCACACGGCGCACGUCCACGUGGUAGGUCCCUUCUCCUCCGAGGUAGAACUGGAGCCUUUGGGAAGGAUGCACUCCCUGGACCGGAGCUCAGGUCUCUGCUUAGCGGGUCGGGCUGUUCGUCUGUUCCGGAGAAAUCCGUAAGCGGGCUCUGCGCGUCCGUAGCCCCCACCAUCCUUGUGCCUUCACCCCAACACGGUUCACACGCGCGUGGUUGGACCCAGGCAGGGACCUUGAAGACUCUGGGGCCAGGCGCAGCCACACUGGCACCAAUUUGUUCUGAGAUUUUGCACCACGCAUGCCUCCCUUUGAUUUUGUAGUGACACAACUAACACCAUCUGUUCCUUGGGAAAUACCAGCAGGAUUGUGUCGUGAUCCUUAAAUAAACUCACGUUCCCCCCCAUCUGACCCCUUUGAUUUCAGUAGGGAACGCAUCCCCCGCGUUACUGGGGGUGCAGUGUUAGCCACGCCUCAUGUGAAAUGUACCCGGAGCGUGGGAAGACGGCCCACAUCUUGGGUUUUAACCUUGUGCUUCCUCCCUGGGGAAACCUGGGGAGUUCUGCGCUUAGUAGGCGGCUCUUGGGUGGCUUAGCUUGUCUUAACUGAACAGAUAUUCCCUUUCACGGAUGGUCUUCACGCCGACGUUCUGGAAGCACACGUAUGUUUAUCCCUUUAGAGGCCUUGAAAUCCUGGCGAGGAGGGAGGAAGGUCCUCAGAUCAUGGCUCACUCAGCCGGUGUCUGGUCGGGGUGGCACUGGGGGCGCCGCCAGCCUCUGGGUCAUUGGAGUUGGACCCCAUUCGGUGGUUUUGCAGGCCAUGCCCUGUCUCUCCGUCUGGCUCUGUCCUGUCCCCUGCAGCUCGGCCCUGGAGCCUUGCAGCGGUCGCUAGAGGCUGGUGCGCUCCGAGGAGGACGCCAUAGAUGUUCGUGGGGCAGAGGUUGAUGCAGGAUCCGAGCGUGCUCCCCCCCAGGGGGAGGCGAGAUCCGCCCUCCCCGUCAGUUCUUCCUCUUCCGCCCCCGCAGGAGCGCCGUGGCCCGGGGACCGGCCUCCCCAGAGGGGAACGAAUUCUCUUCCUGGCAUAAUAUUCCAUAAAAACCAGUGUAGGAUCCGGGCCGAUUCCUCCACUGGAACACAGGGCCGUGGGGAACAGGAUCCUCAGCUCUCCCCAAAUUACUCCAAGAUGAGUCUGUCUCUUCCAUCCGUCUCGCUUGUGAAGUUAGACGUUAUCUACGAAAUUGGGAGGGGACAUUCCCUUGGUAGUCUGGAAAAGUGAGGAGACUGGAAAGAGCCAGGGUGGGGCUUCUGUAUAUUUCUCAGAUUCUCCUUUAUUACUAUCUCCCUGUAUAUAUAUAUAAGCAUAUAUAUAUAUAUAUAUAUAAACCGCAGUGAAAUCAUCAAGGGAAAACAUUUGCAUGUAUAAAGCUUCACGAAGGUCUCUUUAAAAAAUACCAAAGCUUGUUUAUUCUUUAUAAUUAACCGAAGCCCUUAGGAAAAUACACAAAAUGAAGAGGUUUUGACUGGUAUUGCCAAAAAUGCCAAAUGGAAUGAGGGGCCUGCGCUCACUCUAGUGGCCAAUGCGCUGCUAGUAGGCGAGCAUGCCGCCUGGGCUGGCCAAGGCCCCACAGGCUCCCUUCUCCCACCUGGUUUGUAAAAUCUCGUCUUCCACACUCCUGGGGGCCAGGGCUGAGGGGUACGUACCAGCCGCCUGCCUGACCUUCCCUCCGUCCUGUGCUCACUUCACCACGGGUGUAUUUUUACUCCUGUAUAAAAAUUUGCAUGAGCGGGUCAUGCACACGUAGACAGUAUGUAUUUGACAGCGGUGGUUAAAACAAAAGCUCAGUUCUCGUUUUUGACUUGUCAGUCCAUUUUGUGCCACUAACACUGUGAUGUAUAAAAGAGUUGUUUGAAUGCCUUUUAAUGUUGUGUUUUGUACUCUGGAAUCACACGGAAAAGUUUGAUGUGUAAUUUCAAUACAUAUUUUAAAUGUA